CUGUAUUCUUUUAUCUUCCCAUCAAUUAUCAUGGCUGACCGUGUCCGAGAAACCUUUUGUAGGCGCCCUGUUGCUCUUUUCACAAGAACGGAUUGCCCCAAAGCCAUCCCGGCCCUUCAGUUGUUGAAGGAUACUUUUGGUUUCGAGCCUGAAGUUUUGUUCCUGGACCAUGAUCCCCAAGGCACCGAGAUUGAGAGCUACCUCGAGCAAGUGUAUAACGUCCAGCGUAACGGGACCAGCAUUUUCAUUGAGAGCAAGUAUAUUGGUGACUAUGAGGCUGCGUUAAAGCUUAAACAAAGCGGUGAAUUCGACGAUAUGUAAAGCAUGUAUUGUGUUUGUCCAAAGGUGGAAAACAGCUGGGUUUGACCAUGUCUAUAAAUUUUCGAUUGUGUACAAUAAAAACGUUCCCGUACCAUCGGCAAACUGUUGCAGUAUUUGGCUUGGAGAAAC